GUGGCGUUGCCCUGCACGGACUCUCUUUGCGUUCUCAACCUACCUACUUCGUAUCGCGUUUUGCGAAGUAGCACAUUUUGUAUCCGAUUAUAUUUAAGGAAAUCCUGAGGAUUUCUAGCUAGAAAAUGGUUCAGAAGAAGCCGAAGAAGAAGGUCGGGAAGAAGGUAGCUGCCGCUCCAUUGGCAGUCAAGAAGGUUGAGCCGAAGAAGGUAACCAACCCUCUCUUCGAAAAACGCACGCGCAACUUUGGCAUCGGUCAAGAUAUCCAACCAGCGCGCGAUCUCAGCCGCUUCGUGAGAUGGCCCAAGUACAUUCGCAUCCAACGCCAGAGGGCAGUGCUGCAAAAGAGGUUGAAAAUACCACCAACAAUCAACCAGUUCACGCAAACACUGGACAAGCAAACUGCUACACAGCUGUUCAAGGUAUUGGAGAAGUACCGACCUGAAUCGGCAGCCAUGAAGAAGGCGAGAUUGAAGGCGAGAGCCGAGCAGAAGAUCGCAAAGAAGGAGGACACUCCGACGAAGAGACCAAACGUUAUCCGCAGCGGUGCCAGCACGGUGACCACUCUGGUGGAGCAAAAGAAGGCUCAGCUGGUCGUCGUGGCGCACGACGUUGAUCCAAUUGAGAUCGUAUUGUUCCUGCCUGCUUUGUGCCGUAAGAUGGGAGUGCCCUACUGUAUCGUGAAAGGCAAGGCUCGCCUGGGACGCCUGGUCAGACGCAAGACUUGCACGGCAGUUGCGCUUACGCAGGUGGAUUCCGGUGAUAGGGCCAACUUCGCGAAGAUCGUCGAAGCUAUCAAGACGAACUUCAACGACCGGUAUGACGAGAUCAGGCGUCACUGGGGCGGCGGUUUAUUGGGAAGCAAAUCUGCGGCGAGGAUAGCGAAACUGGAAAAGGCCAAGGCUAAGGAACUCGCGCAGAAGCAGGGUUGAUCGUCAUUCGGCUGGAGUUUACAAAUUACAUUUAAAAAAAAUAAAGAAUAAAAUAUACAUCUCUGUA